AUGGCCCAAAACGCCAUGACAGGGCCUCCUGCCCCAGUGGACACACAGAAGGAGCAGGAGAGGGAUCGGCAGCCUCCUCAGAAUCCCUUGCAGGAAGCCCAUGGUGUAUGCUGGGAGAGGCUGUGGAGUAUGGGGGUAACAGCAGGCUGCUUCUUCUCUCUCUGUAUGCUCUCUCAAAUUGUGGGAGUCUGGGUCCUAUACAUGCUAAAUGGAUAUGGGGCAUUUCCAGCAGCCCAUAAAGUCUUGGACCUCAUGCAGUACCUGCUGUCACCACUGGGGGCACAUAGCUCAGUAGAGGAAGAGCUCUGGAGGAUGGAGAGCUUGUGCCCCCUGCUGGUCAUCAUCUUCCUGAGCAUUGCUGUUCUGAGCAUUGGGAUCCUCUACUGCCUGAGGGCUCUGGCCCCGGGUGGCUGCCCUGUCGUCCUGGACGACCGGCGCCAGUCUGUGAGCCGCCAGCCCUCUUUCACCUACUCGGAGUGGACCGACGCCAAGCAGGACCUGUUCGACCUGGACUCUGUUCCUGAGACACCUGUGUUCGAGUGCUCCAUGGACAUGAAGACCGAGUCUGACGCAGCCACAUUGACCGUCAAGCCCGUGGGCUUACAGGAAAGGAGAGGCUCCAAUGUGUCUCUGACCCUGGACAUGUGCACGCCUGGCUCCACAGAGCCCUAUGGGGCCAUGCUGUCACCACGGGAACAGUCGGCUCGGGAGUACCUGCAGAAGGCCUCCAAUGUGCUGAUGGCAGCUCAGCUGCAGAGCCGAGCCCUAGACGACUCUGCCCUGCAGGCUGAGUUCUAUGAAAUGCCUAUGAACUUUGUGGAUCCAAAGGAGUACAACUUCCCUGGUGUGGUGAGGAAGAAUCGAUACAAAACCAUCCUUCCGAAUAUGCACAGCAGAGUUUGCCUUAAAGUGACAGAGGAAGAUGACUUCCUCGGUACCUACAUUAACGCCAAUUACAUGAGGGGCUAUGGAGGCCAGGAGAAGGCCUACAUUGCCACCCAGGGCCCCACAGUCAACACGGUCAGCGACUUCUGGAGGAUGGUAUGGCAGGAGCGGGCGCCCAUAAUUGUCAUGAUCACCAAUGUCGAGGAAAAGAACGAGAAAUGCACAGAGUACUGGCCAGAGGGCGCUGUCACCUACGAGGGGAUUGAGAUCACUGUCAACAAGGUGAUCCAGGCUGACGACUACAACCUUAGGAUUUUCACUCUCAAGUGCGAUGGCGAGGAGCGCACCCUCAGGCAGUACUGGUACACAUCAUGGCCGGACCAGAAGACUCCAGACAAGGCCCCACCCCUGCUGGAGCUGGUGCAGGAGGUUGAGGAGGCACGGCAACAAGCCCCACCUUGUAGCGGCCCAGUCAUUGUUCACUGCAGUGCAGGGAUUGGGCGAACUGGCUGCUUCAUUGCCACCAGCAUCCUCUGCAAACAACUGAAGUAUGAGGGUGUGGCAGACAUCUUGAAGACCACCUGUCAGUUACGUCUGGACAGAGGAGGCAUGAUCCAAACUUAUGAGCAGUACCAAUUCGUCCACCAUGUCCUCAGCCUCUAUGAGAAGCAGCUCUCCUGCCCUGUGGAAGAGUAGAAACCUCUUGUCCAUGCAUCACAGAAAAAAAAACAGCUAAACAAGAUACUCCAUAUUGCAUCAUUGCUCCUCAUCUCACUA